GUACAACGAACUGGGGCAGGCCGUGUGCCGAGUCUGCACCACCGUGAUCAAAUCCGAAAGCCUCUGGGCGGCACAUCUUGUCAGCAAGCAGCACAAGGAGAGUGCGGAGCGGCUCAAGCAGAGAGCCAAGGCCGCAGCACCUCCUGCCACCGCCGCUGCCACCACGCGAGCACCUGCUGCAGGCGGCCAGAGAGCUGCUGCUGCUGCUGCUGGGGCCCUCCCGAGUGACUUCUUUGAUUCUGCUUCGACACCUAAACGCCCUCGCCAUGACCCGCCCUCCGCCACCACCAGUGCUGCUGCCUCCGCGCCUGCCAACCCACCAGCCUCCCCACCAGCAGCAGCGCUCUCACCAGCAGCCGCGUUGUCUGUGAGGCCAACAUCGGGACCACCUGCAUCCACCCCUGCCGUCCCUGCCGCCCAUGCGGACCCUGCUGCCCGUGCCAAUGCGCCUGCCUCAUCGGCCCCCUCUGCUGCUCCCAGCACCACCGGCCUGCCGCCGGAUUUCUUCCAUGCCGCCCCACCCGCUGCUGCCGCCCCCUCGGGGGUGUUACCGGAGGGGUUCUUUGACAGCAAGGAGGCGGACCACAGGGCGAGGGGCGUGGAGUAUAAGAAGCCAGACGCGGAGUGA